UAGAGGAGGGGUGAACCAUCUUGACUCUCGGAGGCUCUGCCUUCCUGCUUCUUGCUGCCACUCUACUGUACCGGAGAUGCAAAGAUGGCUGCAAGCAACUAUUUCGGCUUCACACAUGGUGCCGGUCCGCAGUACAGCACCCAGCCUCCCCCAGCUUACUCGCACCCUUCCACAGCCAGUUACAGCGUCCAGCAGGCUCCAGCUGUGGCCCAUGCAGUGACCGCGUCCUACUCUCCAGCUCCGGUGCAGGCGUCCCGGCCUGUGGCCACAGCCCCUUACCCCGCCUAUCAGAGCCAUCAAGCCCCCCCAGACUACACCUACAGGCAGCCUGAUCCCCCUCAGCCCACCACCACCCCACAGACGUACCAGGUAUAUUCAGACACGGAUAACUACAACUAUGGGCGUCCUGCUGCUGUGACGACCUAUGACAAUAAGCAGUACUACCAGACAAGUAUAGCCUCGGCUCAGAGGACGCCCACAGAGAAUUACUACCAAACAGUAGGAGUGAAGAGUGCUUACAGCCCUGCCCCCACCACUGUGUACAGUCAACCCCAUCAUCCUCAGCGACAAGUGACCGCCCUGAAGCCUCUAGCCCCCUCCAGUUCAGUGUCUACAAGUUACAACAUUUACCCCGUGUCCACCAGCGUCCAGCAGCCGCCCACUCCCAUUUCUUCGUACACUCUCGGCUCCUCUUUCAGCUCCUCGGUUUCAGCCACCUCCUACUCAGGCAUCAGCUACUCCAAUUAUGAUUCAAUUGGAUAUACCUCAACAUCCACCCCUUCCUAUUAUCAACCGGCUCAACAGACGCUCUCCCAGCCCCAACCUCCGCCGCAGCAGUCGCAGCAGCAGCAACAGCCCCAGCCGCCCAUCCAGGCUCCCCCCAAGCAGCUGACAAGCUCGUCCUGGAGUAACUCAGGUAGCAACAUGGUGACAGCUCCAACUGGAAACAGCUACAAAAAGCCAAUGUUUCAUCAGAGCAAGCUGCAAAAACCCAAAGGGCCUCCCAAACAGCCACAGCUUCAUUACUGUGACAUUUGCAAGAUCAGCUGUGCAGGCCCUCAGACAUACCGAGAGCACCUUGAAGGUCAGAAGCAUAAAAAAAAGGAAGCAGCCCUGAAGUCUGGAGGGCAGACUGGGACCAACAAUGGCCCCAGAGGGGUCCAAACUCAACUGCGCUGUGAGCUGUGUGAUGUCUCUUGCACUGGAGUGGAUGCCUAUGCUGCCCAUAUCCGUGGGGCCAAACACCAGAAGGUGGUGAAACUUCACACCAAACUUGGGAAACCUAUCCCUUCCACUGAGCCAGUGUUGGUGAAUUCUGCACCAGUCCUCACAACCGCAACAGCUGGGAAACCUCCAGUCUCCUCCACCUCUUCCUCCACCUCCACCACCACCUCAUCCUGCUCUGUUCCCACCCCGGUCUCGACCAGCUCAACUCCUGCAACAGCACCCAAACAGGUGGCGACAAGCACUUUGGGUAAAAUGACGCAGCCAGUGAAGAAACCAGCUCCUUCCAAAAUAACAGUCAUUUCCACUAAACCAGCCAGUGCUGCACCACCAGCAGCAGCAGCUGCAGCAGCGAUGGUGCCAGCAGCAGCCAAGGUGGAGGAGCCUGUGCAGCCUUUGGUCCAGAGGAUGGAGCCACAGAGUGAGGAUGAGGAUGGUGACAGAGCUGGAGGUCAGGGGGACAUCCAGCCAGUUGGACACGACUAUGUUGAAGAGGUUCGUAACGAUGACGGGAAAGUUAUUCGGUUCCACUGUAAGUUGUGCGAGUGCAGCUUCAAUGACCCCAAUGCUAAAGACAUGCAUCUGAAGGGAAGAAGGCACAGGCUGCAGUACAAGAAGAAAGUCAAUCCAGAGCUUCCUGUGGAGAUCAAACCCAGUAACCGAGCCAGGAAGCUGCAGGAGAGCAAACUCAAGAAACAAAAGCAGAAAGCGGUGCUGAAGCGGCAGAGAGAUGACGAGCAGCGCUGGCACAUGGAGAUGAGGCGGUAUGAGGAGGACAUGUACUGGAGGAGGAUGGAGGAGGAGCAGAUGUACUGGGGGGAGCAGAGGCGCAGGAUGGCCCCUCCACCCCUGAUGAGCCGCCCUGGCAUGCCAGUGCCUCCUUUACUGACUUGCGUGCGCCGGCCUGACUCCCCGGAUGAUCGUCACAUUAUGGCAAAACACUCCACCAUUUACCCGGUGGAGGAGGAGCUGCAGGCAGUUCAGAGGAUUGUCUCACACUCUGAGAGGGCCUUAAAACUGGUGUCAGAUACGCUGCUAGAUACAGAGACACCAGCUGUUGCUGCUACUGAUGAAGGAGACGAAAAAGGUGCUCAAACUCCGGCUCGGCUGCUGAAAGGUGUGAUGAGGGUGGGUAUCCUGGCCAAAGGCCUGCUGCUUCGUGGAGACAGAAAUGUGGAGCUCAUACUUCUCACUGCGAAGAAACCCAACGUCUCUCUCCUGAAGAGCAUUGCCAAGCAGCUGCCAAAGGAGCUGGCGACAUUUUCUGAAGAUCAGUAUGAGGUGCAGGCUCACCCCGAGGAGGCGAACAUCAUCAUAUUUUCAAGCAAGGAGCCCAAAAUGCAGGUGACCAUUUCUCUCACCUCGCCGCGGAUGAGGGAGGACCCUGCUGCUGAGAUCGACAAGCAGGCAGGAGGAAAAGCGGCGGAGAAAGCAGGUUUGACUGAGAAGGAUCCUCCUGAUCUUCUGAAUAAGAAGAAAUGUAUGGAUUACCUCGCUGCUCUUCGUCAUGCCAAAUGGUUUCAGGCUCGUGCAAACGGACUGCAGUCGUGUGUGAUCAUCAUUCGAGUGCUAAGAGAUUUAUGUCAGCGGGUUCCCACCUGGGGGAAGCUGCCUUGUUGGGCAAUGGAACUUCUGGUGGAGAAGGUGAUUAGCAGCGCCACCGGCCCGCUCAGCCCAGGAGAGGCGAUGCGCAGAGUGCUGGAGUGCAUCUCCACCGGCAUCCUGCUGCCAGAUGGACCAGGUUUAAUGGACCCCUGUGAGAAAGAGCCAACGGACGCUUUGGAAACGAUGAGCCUUCAAGCGAGGGAGGAGAUCACAGCCAGCGCACAGCACGCUCUACGGCUGCUCGCUUUCCGCCAGAUCCACAAGGUUUUGGGCAUGGAGUCGUUGCCAGUGUCCAAGGCCAGCGCCCGUAACCGCAAGCGUCGACGGGACGUCAGUGAGACAGGCGAAGGCGAGGGCGAGGGCAAGAAAGACAAGAAGGAAGAAUCAGCGAGUGCUUGACUUCUGCCUUCAGAGUCAAACAUUUGCUAGUUCAUAGACUGGUAGAAUGUCACCACUUUUUUUUUUUAUUAUCCUCAAACAAUAUUAACACGCAGCUAUACACAUAUGAAUAUAACUUCGAUUCUACAUGUUACAUGUCUACCCUUGAACUGAGAGGAAUACUGCAUACGAGGAGGUCAGGGAUGGAUAAUUGAGGCUUCUUCCUUGUGUUGAUUUCAUGGAGAUUUAGUAUAUUUUUCAGUGUGCACACUGAAUGGGCUCAGUUGAAAGAUUAAAUCAUGAGAAUUACUGAUUGUGUCAUUCCAUUUCAGUAUAAUCGCACACUAACAACUGACCAACUCUACCUUUUAUGUUCAGCCACCACUGUGUCACAUGCAGUUGUUAUUUUCUGAGAUGGAAAGUGUGGUGCAGUUUAAACAUCAGUACCUUAAGCUUUAUUGUUAGCUUUUCUUUUUGAAGAAAAAUCUGAGUUGUGCCGUUCCUCGGGCCAGUUCAGUGUUUUACCAUCCGAAUAUGUUGCGAGACUGACCUAACGCCGAUGCAUGACGUAAGCUGCUGGAACGUGUUCGGGAGGUAACGAGGCUCUGGAAUCAGCGCGGGAGGUCAGACUGUUGAGGAGCUAAAUACUACAGUACUGUGAUGUUCGUUGUGCCUAAAAGUAAAGUCUAAAAAAACCUAGAAAAAAAAUAAAGGACUUGUGUGACUCCCUCUGAAGCUCCCAUAAAGCUUUCCUCAUUAACACUGAAGGCACAUUAGAAAGUUUUGAAUCCCAACCAAAGGCUCUUUGUUACACCUUCAAAUCAAGGUUUAACUGAUACGAACGACAAAAAACAUCCGAUCUAAUUUCAUGAAACCUGCCGAGGCUCGUUUGUGCAGCAGUCCUGGUGGGGUUUGCUGUGGAGGCCAUGGAGGGUUGAUGUGCGUCUCAAGAGGAAAGACUUAUAUUGCACAGUAGCAUGCCGAGGGAAUGAAGCACUUAAGAAAUGACAGUGUAUGCAGCCAUAGGUUUAUCGUUUAGAUAAUAUACCCAGUUAUCUUUUUUCUUCCAGAACGUGGUUAGUGGAAGUGAGAAGCUUUGGCUGGAAAAUAAAGACUGAAUAUCUACUGUAAUGAUCUGAAUGGUGUGUGUCUGUGUGUGCGCGUGUGUGUCUGCGUAUUACAGAUGACUGAUUUAUGGGAACACUUCAGAUUUUUUUUUUGUCUGGUUAGUAAAGACAGUGAUCUAGGACAGGGAAGACGAAUGCACAAAACUGGCUUAAAUGAUGCGAGAGAAUUAUUGUGCAUCUUUUAUUUGAUAUUCAUUUAUUAAGAUCGUCAUAUAUGAUAAGAGUAUUGCUUUUUUGUUCCUGAAGGAUGCUGUCUUUUAUUUUGUAUUGUUUGAACAGGAAGCGUGAACGUUGCUGUCCUUUUACUUUAAUGUGUUUGUAGUGUUGCCUAAAAGUAAGGGGAGAUAAUAAAACACAUUUUCGCCAA